AUGGCCAAGAUCCAGCCCCUCGCUGCCGCAGCCUCACAGUCGCCCUCGGACUAUCAACGGAGCCAGCGGGCGUACACGGUGUGGAUGAAGUCGCUGGUCUUCAACGGCAACGGCUGCACGGUGUACGGCCCCGACGGCGCGGUCGCCUUCCGCGUCGACAACUACGGCUGCAGGGGCGGCCGCGAGGUCUUCUUCAUGGACCGCGCCGGCAACGCCCUCAUCAGGAUCAGACGCAAGGGAUUUGGCGUGUUCAGGAGGUGGGAGGUCUGCCGGUGCACCCACAACGGCCACGAGGACGAGGAAUCAACGCCGUGGUUCACUGUGCGCCGGGCCGAGAAGGGCGGGGCCGCUGUGGGGAUGCACGGUGGCGCGGGAACGUGCUACAGGGUCGACGGGUGCUGUGUGCGUAAGUCGGAGUACAAAGUCAGCGGCGUCGAUGGCACGGUCGUGGCUGAGGUGGCUAGGAAGCAGACGCCGGCGGGAGUGGUGCUGGGGGAGGACGUGCUGACGCUGACGGUGCCGCCGGAGGCGGAUCACCUGCUCUUCCUGGGUUUGGUCGUCGUGCGUGGCCUCAUCAAUCGCUCCUUGUGAAUUGUGAUGGAUGCCUGAAAUGUCAAUCCCCUUCUUCUCUAGCUAAGAAACGUAGAUGAGAGUGGAUUUUUAGCUCCCGGGUGCU